GAUUUAACCAAAAACUGUUCAAUCUGUCUUUAGCAAAGCCCAGAGCCUGGAGCAUAAUGGCUACAGUUAUCCAGAUGAUUUUUUGCAUUUGCCUUGCUGUUGUACUGUCAGGUGUGGGAAAGUCUGCCUUUAUUGGGAAGAGCCACGGCGACGGGAAGGACGAUCUUGUGCUGCAGUAUGUUGUGAAUAACUCAGUGAGGGAGAAUCCAGUGCUCGCUAAACUCAGACUGAGAACCAUGGAAGACCCCUGGAGCAUCAUGAUGGUUCCCAGCGAACAAGCCCAGUUUAUGGCAAAUCUCAUUAGGCUGAUAAACGCAACUAAAGUCAUUGAAAUUGGGAUGUACACUGGGUACAAUGCACUGAGCAUGGCUUUGGCCAUGCCAGAGAAUGGACGUGUUGUAGCUUGUGAAAUAGAAGACACCUACAUCAACAUCGGCAAACCGUUUUUUAAAGAGGCUGGAGUUGAAGAUAAGAUAGAUAUCCGCCAUCAAAUUGCCAUGAAGACACUGAAUGAACUGAUAGCAGCCGGCGAAGCUGGAAGCUAUGACUUUGUGUUCAUCGAUGCUGAUAAAUCCAACUAUGACAGAUACUAUGAGACGUCCCUCCAGCUUAUACGAACGGGUGGCAUCAUUGCAAUUGACAAUGUGCUGUGGAGUGGAAAGGUGGUGAAUCCUGCUCCCAGUGACAUCACCUCCAAAGUUCUGGAUCAACUCAAUAAGAAGCUACACAAGGACGAGAGGAUUGAUCUGAGCAUGCUCACUUUGGGUGACGGGCUGUCCAUAGCCAUUAAACGCUAAAAUCAGCACUUAAAAAGUUACUAAUUUGUCUUAAUUGUGCUUUUGUUUUUCAUAUCAAAUAUAUGUGGAGUAAACUG